ACUCUGCAUUUAAAACUGCAGCAGUAGUCUGCAAGCAGGAAUAGGGGGUUGUAAUCGGCUUUCCUUCUAAGGGAAAGCUGGGAACCUUCUCAUUUCACUUCAUGAAAAAUAAGCCAUGAGGCAACUUCUGCCAAACAUCUAUUAAUUGGAUGAAACAGGUCUCUUGCCCGAGAUCUGACUUCAGCUGUUUAUUUCCAGCACAGCCAGUUCUUUCCUCUGCAGCUGAUUGGCUCUGGAGUGUGGCCAGAAACCUACUUCCCGCAGUUAAAGGAGUCAGAUCUCUAACUAUUGAUCUGUUUUCUUCUCUUCUGAGUGAUGGCGCUCACCAUUUUAAUCCUCCGGCUGGCCGUCUGCAUCCUGGCAUUUCCCAUGUACCUGCUGGACUUUCUGGGCUUGUGGAACUGGAUAUGCAAACAGUGGUUCCCCUACUUCCUGGCGAGGUUCACUGUGAUGUACAACAAACAGAUGGCGAGCAAGAAGCGGGAGCUCUUCAGCAACCUGCAGGAGUUCACGGGCCCCUCUGGGAAGCUCUCCCUGCUGGAGCUGGGCUGUGGCACCGGGGCCAACUUCAAGUUCUACCCCUCUGGAUGCCAGGUGACCUGUGUUGAUCCCAACCCCAACUUUGAGAAGUUCUUGAUCAAGAGUAUUGCCCAGAACCCACACCUGCAGUUUGAGCGCUUCAUAGUGGCUGCCGGGGAGAACAUGCACCAGGUGGCCACAGGCUCCAUGGAUGUGGUGGUCUGCACCCUGGUGCUCUGUUCCGUGAAGAACCGGGACCAGAUCCUCCAGGAAGUGUGCCGAGUGCUGAGGCCGGUGAGUAUGGGCUGAGAAGGGCUGCUUAGU